AUGCCAGGCAUCGAGUAUAGUCCGAUGGUCUCGCGCCAUCAUCCGCAUCAUCCCUUGAACCGCCAGAGCGGCCGGGAACGGCGGUCAACUUAUUCGUCGGUUGGCACCAACAACCCGUACGCCAGUCACAUGGCAGAAGCGCCCCCGGCGUACUCUUCCCACUAUCCACAGCGACCCUCGUCAUCGGAGUCCUACGCCAAGGGGUCCGGUUUUGGAACCGAGGCCUCAUGGUGGUCCCAGUCGUCUGAGCACCAGUCGGUAUACCCGACGAGCCGUUCCCGAGAGAAGACGUAUCGAGGACACUCCUCACACCGUGAAGACUCCCAUCACGAGCCCUCAAUAAGCGGUCGCCGGCGUCGCCCGCACGUCCGGCCGCCCUAUACCUCUCAAUAUGUGCAGCCGGAUCUGAUCGAUCGACUGGAUGAUGCCUCCUUCUACGCCUAUCACCACGAAGGUCCUUUUGAUGCCGCAUCCCCGGAUCGGAACCGCGUCAGCAAGAAUAGCCCCAUCGAGGCUGUGAAGGAUUCCAUCGAGGAAGCGCUGCGGGCAACGCCUCGCGACAAGAUCAUCGACACCAUCCAGAGUCACCGCCCCUUGGAUGGGGUGGCAUUCUAUCCCCCCGGUACGACCGAUCGAGAAGGACAGACGUACCAGUACGAGGAAGGGUCCAACAUGAUGGACGAGUAUGGGCUGUUCAUGCGCACUCCCGGCAAGAAAUUCACCGACGAAGAUUUCAAAGAUGAUCCAUUUUACAAUCAGCCACAUCCCAACUACCUCUCCAAUUUGAAGAGGAAGAUCAGUCUGCGCCGUUGGAGACCCCGUCGAGAUACCGCAUAA